GAUAUUGGCAUCAAGGCCAUGAAACACUCGAGAGGUAGAUAAAGUCUUGGCACCAGAUUCAGAUAUACGACAAUAUAGUCAGUUAUUUUAUAAACGAGGGUCCUUGAUUCUUGUGGAAGGAAAACAAGCAAGCUAAUGAUAGUACAAGUCUUAGAUCCAUGGGCUAUACAUGGUCAACUUGUAAUAUAUGCAUCGGGAGAGGAUAUGGAGAGUGAGCUUCUUCUGUUCUCAGUAUUGGAACUCGGGGAAACUUUCUGGCUAGUGGUUGCUGUUGUUUAUCUGUUUAUAUUAUCAGAAAGGCAAUCACCAAAGGAAAUCGUACUCCACAACGAAGAAAACUCAGAACUAGGAGUGCUUCAAUUUUACGACGAAGUAAACUUCAGCAGAUAUGAUGAACACAUAGAAGCUGGGUGUUUUCUGUUGAAGCGUGGCCAAGGGAUGGGCGAAGAAUGGGUGGGGGAAGAUGGCGAGAGAAUAACAUAUGCCGGGAAGUUGGAAUGGCUAGGCUGUUGUGGUGUCCUCGAUGAAGAUGCUGUGUCGUUGAAGACAGAUCUCCUUGCCGGAGGAGUGUGGAAUGAAUACUUCGGAAGGUGCUCAAAAUGGACCUACAUGAGGGGUAUUUCGGAGAUGGAUAGUGAUCUCAAGGAAAUUUAACUUAUUAUCAAUGUCCCUUAUUCCUGCCUCUUUCCUACUUAUGUAGUUCGCCAAAUCCUGAAUGUCUUAUGAAGAUUACUUUUUGUUUUUCUGGGUGUCGUUGACAGCUUUUUUGAGAGAAUGUUCUUUCUUUUUUUUUUGUCGACUAAAUUGCUAAGUUUAAAUCUGAAUUCGCUCUUAGUGAGUCUUUAGCAAUAAUUGACCUUUCAUCCUUUCUGACAUGUAGAAGAAUCAGAAUUAACUCCUUUCUGAGAUGUAGAAGAAUCAGAAUUAACUGUGACAGUGUUUCUUUAAA